UGUCGUAUUAUACAUUAUACACAAAAAUAGAUCUGAGGUCACAUUCUGAACACACCUAAACCCUCAAUGUAUAUAUAAUAGAGCACCGGUAGUAUCUCUGCAUCACCAGAAGACCAUACUCAUCAUCACACGUGCAUCAUCCAGGAAAAAGUUUAGACCUCCCAGCUAAACAUGACACGAGCCAUCACAUUGCUGUGUAUAUGCCUGGGUGUCCUCCUCCCACUCAUUGCUGCACGAUCAAUCAAACCCUUAUGUUUAGAAGGCGGAGAAUAUGAGUCCUGUACACCAACCUGUCAUAACUUGAAGCCUGACUGCCCUAAAGAGAGUUCUCCAGGAUGUGUCUGUGGAAGCGGCACUGUAGAUAGUGGCUUAGGUGAAUGUGUGGAAAUAGUAAAGUGUGAUUUCUGCAGCGGGAACACAACAUAUAUCUCAUGCGGCAGUGACUGCCCCCCUCAACCAAACCCUAACAUUCCGGUAAAAUGCCUAGCAGUCUGUGUUGAGAAGUGCGUCUGUAAACACGGCUAUGUGUCCCUACCUAACAGUGACAGAUGUGUCCUUCCUCGGGAUCUCCCCUAAAGUAGAUACAACAUUUAAACCGUCUCAUGUGUGUCUUAUUAACAAUUGUCAAAAUGUUAUGUGACCUCAUCCAAUUAUAAGGAGAGGUGUCUGAUAUAAAUAAAGUGAUUGCAGACAUUGA